UUCGAGACGACUGAACCUUUUGUCUCUGGCGCUUUGUCGCUCUAUUGUUCACUUGACACUCGGUCUGGGUUGACUCGACCAACUCGGUACCGGUUGGCUCGAGAUGAGCAACCGAAACGGGCCGAGAAUGGCUCUUUGUGGGCGCAAUCGCUGCUCGAUCGGUUGACCAGACAGUCGUCCUUCCGUCCGCGUCGCCACGGCAGCAGAGGCGACAGAAAGAUGCCGCCAUUGCAGACUUCUGAGGCUGUUCAUCUGGUCAGUCGGCCGCUGUGGAGGCGCGAGGCGGCCGAGGCGGCCGACGCGAUGCAAAGCCUGUCUCGACACGACUUCGUCGGGCAUGUGCAUCGGAGCCGUCUUCCGGCGCCGUGGGGCCUUCGGGCGCCCAGUUUCAAGCCGAAGGUACGUCGAAUCCGCAGACUUGCUGAAGCUCGGCGGUCUCGCGGGUUGUUGAGACCGCGUGAGAUUGUGCUUUUGAUAGACACAUUGGCCAGUCCCCUAGAGACUGGCGAAAUCACGACAAUCCGUUAUUGUCAGUUGUUUGUCAAAUGGGCCAAAUGA